AUGUAUAUAGCCACAGCCUCCUCCUCUGCCUCCGCUCUUCUCAGAGCUUCCAGGGCACGAUUCUUCUCCUCUUCCACUUCCACUCUUUCCAGAACCUUCUUGCCUUCACCGCCUCGGGCCUCGCCGCGUAGCUUCACCGCUCAAAGGCUUCUCAGCUCCUCCGCCGCCACUCGGUGGAGCCACGGCGUCCAUUGGCGCGCUCCUUACACGCUUCGCUCUCAGAUCAGGGCCAUCGCUCCCGUCGUUGAACGCGUCCAGCGUAGGAUCGCUACCAUGGCUCCGGAAAGUCAUCCGUUCAAGGAGCAUUUGACAAGUCUGCCGAAGCCUGGAGGCGGCGAGUAUGGGAAGUUCUAUAGCCUUACUUCACUGAAAGACCCGAGGAUCGAUAGGUUGCCGUACUCUAUCAGAAUCCUGCUUGAAUCUGCUAUUCGUAAUUGUGACAACUUCCAAGUCAAGAAGGAAGAUGUUGAGAAGAUUCUUGAUUGGGAGAUUACUGCUCCAAAGCAAGUUGAAAUUCCUUUCAAGCCUGCUCGUGUACUCUUGCAGGACUUUACUGGAGUGCCAGCUGUGGUUGACCUUGCUGUAAUGCGUGAUGCUAUGAACAAUCUUGGCAGUGAUUCGAACAAGAUCAAUCCCUUGGUUCCUGUUGAUCUUGUUGUUGAUCACUCCGUUCAAGUUGACGUUGCAAGAUCAGAAAAUGCAGUGCAGGCAAAUAUGGAGCUAGAAUUCUCGAGAAACCAGGAGAGAUUUGCUUUCCUUAAAUGGGGGUCUACUGCUUUCCAAAAUAUGCUUGUUGUUCCACCUGGUUCUGGCAUUGUUCAUCAGGUUAAUCUCGAGUAUCUUGGACGGGUUGUGUUCAACACUAACGGCUUACUCUACCCCGAUAGUGUGGUUGGAACUGAUUCCCAUACAACCAUGAUUGAUGGUUUGGGAGUAGCUGGCUGGGGAGUUGGGGGUAUUGAAGCAGAAGCUACUAUGCUUGGUCAGCCCAUGAGCAUGGUGUUGCCUGGAGUUGUUGGAUUCAAGUUAUCUGGAAAGUUGAACAAUGGUGUUACUGCUACCGACUUGGUCUUGACUGUCACACAAAUGCUGAGGAAGCAUGGAGUUGUGGGAAAAUUCGUUGAGUUUUAUGGGGGCGGUAUGGGUGAACUAUCUUUAGCUGACAGGGCAACUAUUGCCAAUAUGUCUCCUGAAUAUGGUGCAACCAUGGGUUUCUUCCCAGUAGAUCAUGUCACUUUACAAUAUCUCAAAUUGACUGGUAGAACUGAUGAAACUGUGGCAAUGAUUGAAGGUUAUCUCCGGGCAAAUAAAUUGUUUGUUGACUAUAACGAGCCUGAAUCAGAAAGAGUUUACUCAUCUUACCUGGAAUUGGACCUUUCACAAGUGGAGCCCUGUAUCUCCGGACCAAAGAGACCUCAUGAUCGUGUGACCUUGAAGGAUAUGAAAGCUGACUGGCAUGCCUGUCUUGAUAACAAAGUUGGGUUCAAGGGAUUUGCUAUACCAAAAGAGGUACAAGACAAAGAGGUGAAGUUUUCAUUCCAUGGGCAGCCAGCAGAGCUUAAGCAUGGUAGUGUUGUCAUUGCUGCCAUAACCAGUUGCACCAAUACAUCAAACCCAAGUGUUAUGCUUGGGGCUGCUCUUGUUGCAAAAAAGGCCUGUGAUCUUGGUCUACGGGUCAAGCCAUGGGUAAAAACAAGUCUUGCACCGGGUUCCGGAGUUGUUACAAAAUAUUUGCUCCAGAGUGGAUUGCAAAAGUAUCUAAAUGAACAGGGUUUCAAUAUUGUUGGAUAUGGAUGCACAACAUGCAUUGGAAAUUCUGGGGACUUAGAUGAAUCUGUUGCAUCUGCCAUAACCGAAAAUGACAUAGUAGCAGCUGCUGUGCUUUCUGGAAACAGGAACUUUGAAGGCCGGGUACAUCCAUUGACAAGAGCUAAUUACCUUGCCUCACCACCUUUAGUGGUUGCUUAUGCCCUUGCUGGCACGGUUGACAUCGAUUUCGAUAAGGAGCCAAUUGGAACAGGCAAGGACGGGAAGAGCGUCUAUUUUAGGGACAUCUGGCCAUCUUCAGAAGAGAUUGCCCAGGUUGUGCAAUCCAGUGUGUUGCCAGAAAUGUUCAGAAGCACUUAUGAGUCUAUUACUAAAGGCAACCCCAUGUGGAAUCAGCUAUCAGUUCCAGAAACUAAACUUUAUUCAUGGGACCCUAACUCAACCUAUAUUCAUGAGCCCCCAUACUUCAAGGGCAUGACCAUGGAUCCUCCUGGUGCUCAUGGAGUGAAGGAUGCCUACUGUCUGUUAAACUUUGGUGACAGUAUUACAACAGAUCACAUCUCCCCAGCAGGAAGCAUCCACAAGGACAGUCCUGCUGCAAAGUACCUUCUUGAACGCGGAGUGGAUCGCAAGGACUUCAAUUCCUAUGGAAGUCGUCGUGGCAAUGAUGAAGUGAUGGCAAGAGGAACUUUUGCCAAUAUUCGCCUUGUCAAUAAGCUAUUGAAUGGAGAAGUGGGUCCUAAAACAGUUCACGUUCCUUCCGGAGAGAAACUCUCCGUCUUCGAUGCUGCAAUGAAAUACAAGUCUGCUGGGCAGGACACCAUUGUUUUGGCUGGUGCUGAGUAUGGAAGUGGAAGCUCCCGGGAUUGGGCUGCCAAGGGCCCAAUGUUGUUGGGUGUUAAAGCAGUGAUUUCUAAAAGUUUUGAGAGAAUCCAUCGCAGUAAUUUGGUUGGUAUGGGUAUUAUUCCACUUUGUUUCAAAGCUGGCGAGGAUGCAGAUACACUAGGAUUGACUGGUCAUGAACGUUAUACCAUUGACCUUCCUAGCAACAUCAGUGAGAUAAAGCCCGGCCAAGAUGUGACUGUCACUACAGACAGUGGAAAGUCUUUCGUAUGCACAGUGCGCUUUGAUACUGAGGUGGAAUUGGCUUACUUCAACCACGGAGGUAUCCUUCCCUAUGUGAUAAGGAACCUGAGCAAGCAGUAAUUGAAUCGCUGUUUCAGAGGAUGUGCUCCACAUCAUGCAAGCGUAUUCAAUUGUAAAAUGUGAGGAAGCAAAAUAAAGUUUCGAAUAAUUGGAAGAGAUCCCUUUCAAGGGACAGGUAUUUUUUUGAAAUUCAUUCAAGCACUGCCCGGGUUGUUUAGGCAUGUUGGUUGGUCUGUUAACAGGGUAAAAACAAUAGUCCGCGUAGUAUAAUUUUUCCCUCUUCAGAUUGUUGCUUGUUCUUAAGCAGUCAAUAUAUAUACCUUGGGGUUUUAAGGCCACCAUGUGAUAUAGGCAGGGUUUUAACCUCAUCAAUGUGAUUUUUGUUCAUGGCGAAGCUGAUUCCAAGCAUUUUCUACUUGUCGAUGGCAUUGAACAUGAUUUUGUUUUCUUAACACCACUUCUUACUCUGCUGUUAUAAGCUAGUCUUCAUGCCAAAAGCAAUCAUUUAUC